CAUACCAUGACAUGAUCCAUGGCUCCAGCAGCAACCCACUUCAGUUGCCAGUUUGUUCGAAGACCCUGGCAGGCACCUUGAUAUUGCCUCGGCGUCGCAGGAUCUGAGGUCUAGGGCCAGAUGUGAGCUUCAUCUGUACCAUUGCUUUCGCUGUUUUGGCAUCUGAAUCGGGGAACCGAUCAGGCAUCGCUGACGGGCAAGCCUUGGAAUCCGCGGGAACUGGCCCUUGAUAAGUGUGUGGGUAUAAUAGAUUCAAGUCAGACUACUCAUAUUCGUUGGUUCACAGCGUGAGUUCUGUUUUCGCUCGUUACUCUGCGUUAGGCUGCGAGUUGCGCAUCGCACACGCCACCUGGUUGUCAGAGUCGCAGAGCUAGGUUUCGCUACUGAGACUGUAAGGUCACCUGCCAGAUAUUGGUGAACGGGUGUAGAUUCGGGAGAUUGAGGUGUACUUGUGCGUUAGUCGACCAUGGCUGAUUACUACGAGAACCGCCCUGUAGACGAUGAGGACAAGGACGAUGACGUGGACCCUGACGUGGGCAAUGCGGCCAGGGAGGACGCGGAGAGGCUGUCCGAGGGCCUGCCACGUGUCCUGAUCGUGUCGCGACGGACGCUUCGCAAGAACAAGUUCGUCGAUUUCGUUGGUGAAUACCACCUGGAUCUGAUCGUCGCCUACGGCGCCGUCCCCGUGAUCGUGCCACGUGUCCCCGGCGUGGCGUCGCUGCUGGACGCGUUCGAGCCGAUCCACGGCGUGCUGCUGUGCGAGGGCGAGGACAUCGACCCCGAGCUCUACGACAGCCAGCUCACCGCUGACCUGUCACCCGAGGAAGUCGCGGAGAUCCGCGCCGCGCACGCGAGUGACACGGAGAUUGAUAAGGCCAAGGACUCGAUCGAGCUGUCGCUCGCGAGGCGGUGCCUGGAGCGGUCGAUUCCGUACCUCGGGAUCUGCCGCGGUAGCCAGGUGCUGAACGUGGCGUCUGGAGGGUCGCUGUACCAGGAUGUAGAGACGGAGGUCACCUCGCGCAAGGGCCUGGACUUGAAGCACAUCGACUACUCGGACUACGACGGCCACCGGCACCCCAUCUUUGUGGUCCCGGACACACCUCUGGCGGAGUGGUUUGAAGGGUCGCUGGAGAAAGCCCGCGAGGCCACUGGGGAGAACGAGCUGCUAGUCAACAGCUACCACCACCAGGGCGUGCGGGUGCUCGCGUCUCGCUUCCGCCCCAUGGCGUUCGCCCCGGACGGCCUAAUCGAAGCCUACUACGACCCGGACGUGCACUGCCCCCCCAGAGGCGGCUUCUUCGUGGGGCUGCAGUUCCACCCUGAGCGCAUGCGCAGAUUCCAGGACGGGGAGGUGCUGCCUGGGGGAGGGCCCAGCUCGCCGCGUGAGGUGUUUGAGUACCCCGAGUGCCCUAGAGCAUACCAGGAGUUUGUGGCAGCAGUGGUGGCAUAUGAACGCAAGGUGCGCCCCAGAAUCCCUCGCCCCGUCGCCCUCACAGCACCCCCCACCAGCAUUGCUGGUGCGGCCGCAGCUGCCGUUGCUGCCGUUGACGCUGCUGCCGAUGCAACCGAUAGCUUGGCUAGUGGCAUGGCUGCUCUAUCCCAAGGAGGAGCAGGAGGAGGGGGAGAGGAGGUAGUAGCAGGAGGUGCUAUCACAGCAGGGCCAGGGGCGGGUGGGGUAGGGUCAGCCAGUGGGAAAACACCCGGGGCAGCAGCGGCAGCGGCGGCGGCAGCAGCCGCGGCAAAGGAAGCAGAGGAGCGGGAGAAGCAGCAGGGGAGGGAGAGGGAGAAGGGGUGGGAGGAGGAGUUGGAGCGACGGCGGCUGAGAAUCCAGAAGAGCUUCCAUGCGGCCAAGGUGGUGUACGAGGAGCGGGUGGUGCUGCGCCGCAACGCCACGGAGAAGGGGGGGUCGUCUGCACUGGCAGCUAUAAGGAGGGAGCAGGCUGGCGGGUCGGCUGGGGGGUUUGGAGGGCUUGGGGGGCUGCCAACCUUGCCAGAGGAGAAGCAGGAGCUUGCAAUGGGUGCCUCGUUCCUCAAGGAGCUUACCCCCCUGUCGGGCCAGCAGGUGAAGCGGCUAUCUCAGGUGGGAGCAACAGUGCGCAACGCGUCGCAUGUGAAAGAGGCGCUCGAGAAGAGACGAAACCAGCGGUCGGCGGCGCGGGCGGCACUGGAGGCACUGCAUACGAGCGAGCUGGAGGAGAUGGUUGCUUUUCACAAGCGCAUGGCCGCCUCUGCUGAAGAGGUGCUGGACGCCAGGAGGAAAGCUAGAGGGGAGGUAUAGAAGCAUGGGCGGUACCACUGGCGGGGCUGCAUAUGGGCGAGUUGGAGGAGAUGGUUGCUUUUUCACCGGCGCAUGGCUGCUUCUGCUGAGGAGGUGUUGGAGGCCAGGAGGAAAGCUAGAGGAGAGGUGUAGCGAGGAGUGCGUGUGGGGGAGGAGGUAUAGACGCAUGGGUGGCACUAUGGAGGUGCUGCAAAUGCGAAGAAGGGAGCAAGGGGAGAGGUGUAGUUAGUGAGGAGUGGGGGUGGGGGAGGUUGGAAGCAUUGGGUGGCACAGGAGGUGCUGCAUACAAAGGAGAAAGGGGGGGGGUGUAAAACAUGAGUAGGGGUGGAGGGAGAAAAGAAGCAUGGGGUGGUGGGCUCUGGAGGUAUUGCACGCGAGCGAGGAGGACGAGAUGGUUGUUUUCCAGAGGAGGACGAGAUGGUUGCUUUCCAGAGGAGGACGAGAUGGUUGCUUUCCAGAGGAGGACGAGAUGGUUGCUUUCCAGAGGACGAGAUGGUUGCUUUCCAGAGGAGGACGAGAUGGUUGCUUUCCAGAGGACGAGGUGGUUGCUUUCCAGAGGAGGACGAGAUGGUUGUUUUCCAGAGGAGGACGAGAUGGUUGCUUUCCAGAGGACGAGAUGGUUGCUUUCCAGAGGACGAGAUGGUUGCUUUCCAGAGGAGGACGAGAUGGUUGCUUUCCAGAGGAGGACGAGAUGGUUGCUUUCCAGAGGACGAGAUGGUUGCUUUCCAGAGGAGGACGAGAUGGUUGCUUUCCAGAGGAGGACGAGAUGGUUGGUUUCCAGAGGUGCACGGCCACUUCUGCUGAAAGAGGUGUUGGGCUGGGACUAGGAUCGGAAGCAAUGAGGAAGGCGGGGGGGGGGGGGGGAAGUGUAGAAGCAGGCGGUGUGUGUACGAGCGAGGGUGAUUGAAAUGAAAGAGGUGUUGAGAACUGUCGAAAGAUCGAGGGACAACUACUACU